AUUAACCUAAUCAUAAUCAUAAUACUUAUUGCUUCAAUCCUCUCCGUUGUUCUGGCCCUAGUCGCCUUCUGAUUACCACAAAUAACUCCAGAUUAUGAAAAACUCUCUCCCUACGAGUGCGGCUUUGAUCCAGUAGGAUCAGCACGACUCCCUUUUUCCCUUCGAUUUUUUCUAGUCGCUAUUUUAUUUUUAUUAUUUGACCUAGAAAUUGCACUUCUUCUACCUUUACCCUGAGGAGACCAACUAUCUUCCCCCUUGACAACCUUUACCUGAGCAUCCCUAGUUCUAAUCCUACUAACCCUCGGGUUAGUUUACGAAUGAAUUCAAGGAGGAUUAGAAUGGGCAGAAU